AUUCCUGUACUAAAGAUGUCAUUGCGAAAUACCACAAAUACAAUUUUGAAAUGCCGUAAAUUAUCUAUUCAAAAAAAUUCAUUGUUUAUCAUUGACGUUCCCUUAAUAUUGGAGCCUGUUGACCGGUAUCAUUGUUACUGCUACUAUAUGUGUGUUUAUUCGUUAUUCUCAAUACUGGGCUUGAUUUUCGAUUCAUGGAAGCCGCUAUUUCUGGCGGUUCUACGAAGAAGUUCCAGUUUUGCGCGCAGCCUCGUCAAAUUAACGUGGCCGUUAACCAUCGAAUUAAUGCGACGAACAAUAAGUACACAAUCAGUCACAAUAAUAUGCGUACAAAAGUGGCAGUGCAGACAGUCCAGGAUAGCGGCACUCAACUACAUCCUUAAGCUACAGCUACAUCCGCCCUCUGCAGGGACGACCUAACGGGAGCUUACUGAAAGAAGACGGCGAUGAUGACCGGCGUUAUAUGACAUCUGUGUUAUUCUUGUGCCUGAUCGGAGUGGUGGAGGGAGCAAUUACAGCUGCAUUGAUAACGGCACUGCUUUACCUCUGGCCGUCAUCCGUCUCUCCACCGACAAACGAAAGUACACCCAAACCUCUCAUGUGCACGACCGAUGACUGCAAGGUCCUGGCGCAGUGGCUGAGGGUGAAACUGGACCAGAAAUUCGACCCUUGCGACGACUUCUACCAAUUCGUUUGCGAUGAUUACCAGGGCAUAGAUACUGUAUCAAAAAUUACAGAUGACGUCAUGAAAGCUGCCUUAUCCGCGGCUCGCGCCAGCACCGCCAUCCCGUCCACGGGUCAGACCGCCUGGCAGAAAGCGACGGCACUCUUCAAGGCCUGCGUGACGAUGUUCUACUCCAAGCGUGACGAGACCAAGGAGCUCACAGCGUGGAUGACUUCGCUAGGCCUAGAUCUGAAUAACCUGACAUCUUCGGACCCGUUUGACCCGGUGGACAUGGUGGUGCGGUUGUCUCUCGACUUCGGCCUCCCAGUCCUGCUUACCUUCACUUUUGCAGACGUGGCGUUUGGCAACAAGCGUUUGAUGGUUUUACAAACAAACGACGCGGAUGCAAGUUGGUCUGAAUACCGACAAAAGACCUUGAGUACAUCACCGGCGAACAUUAAUGACUUCUACUUGAGGAUGCUCCAAAAAUAUGGCGUUGAUAACGAAACAAUCCAAGGACUCUCCUCCGAAAUCAGCAAAUACGAGACUCGACUUUCUGCAAUACAUGAAAGCGCGCGAAGAGUAACGGGUCAAGUUCAUGGACCCAUUAAAGACAUAGGCGCCCUGACAGAACCACUCAUCACUGGCGAAAUGUGGGUUGGAACAAUUGCAAAGUACACGAAAAACAUGUACGGAGGCAAUGAUAUCAUCACCUACCAGAAGCUCGUCCCGGUGUUUCUGGUGAAAGCGCUCGACUCCAAAUACGUUGGCUUGCACGGAAUACGGUGCUGCAUGGCCUGGAGCCUGUUCCGCCAGCUCGUAUACUACGCGGAUCCCGGUCAGUUGCCGAAGCACAGAAACCCCGAAAGCGUUUGCUACAGGCACGCCAACUGGCUAAUGGGGUACGCUAUCACCAGCCGGUUCUACCAUUCGGUGAUCAGCAAGAAAUCAUUGAUGGAGGUGAACGAAAUUGUGUCCAACACUCGCAAGGCCUUUCAAGCAGCAUUCCAGUCGUUAAAGUGGAUGACCGGAUCUGUACGCGAAACCGCCCUACGCAAAAUCAUGACUAUGCGGCAUCACAUCGGUGCUGUUGGAGCACUUCCUGAUAGCGCCUACGUGGAAAAAUAUUACGCGAGCUUUCCGGACUUGCCCACUAACCGGUUCUUCAAGGGUUGGCGGGAGGCCGCAGCAGCCGCCAUUCGCCAAGCUUGGGCCGACACAACGAUGCUGCUGCAUAUGGAGACCGAGGCAAACGGGUUUUACACUCCCGUGUUUAACACGAUGGUCAUCUCUGCAUCGAUGCUGCUUCCCGAUAUAUUUUUCACUGAAGGUCCUGCUGCCUUCAACUACGGCAGCUUAGGCAGGAUUUUGGCUCACGAGAUGAUGCAUGGUUACGACGUCACGGGAUUAGAGUAUGACGAGAACGGCGAGCAGAGGCAUUGGUUCUCGCGUGAAUCAACCGAGCACUACGUGAACAGGACGCUCUGCUUGCGGCACUUGCACAAGAACGUCCUCCGGCCACGGCAAGAAGCUCCAAACGAUACGAUAGACUCGGAAAUCCUCGCCGACUUGGGGGGAACACCGAUGGCAUAUUCCGCGUUUACGUCGCUGCCUCCCUCAAGGAGGGACACCACGCUGCCAGGCGUUGCUAUGACAGCGAACCAGCUAUUCUUCGUCGGCCAUUGUACCGCAUGGUGUGAGAAACAAACAACGGAACCACCGCCUUGGUUAUCUGGCAACGCCAUCUACCCACCUGGCCGCUCUCGGUGCAUCGUACCACUUAUGAACAUGCCCGAGUUCUCCGCUGCAUUCCACUGCAAGAAGGGGUCAUACAUGAACCCGGCAAAGAAGUGCAGCUUCUGGUCUUGAAAGUGGGACAGCCGACGCUUUCGUUGUGUAAUUCUCUGUCGGUCGCUGCGUAAAAAUUACAGGUUAUAUCUGCAGUCUAGCAGAUAAGCUUACCAUCUAAGCUUCUGUGUGCGUGUGUGCGCGCACAGACGCCUGUGUUUGUUUUCUGCUAAUAAGCUGUUGAAAAAAGGAAUAUUGCGUUGAUAACUUGCUGUGUGAUGGUGGUAGCGGCAGUACACAACUAGUCCAAGCAUAGUCAAGUAUACUAUCAUGUUUUAAAUCUCUCAUACACAAUUAUGUCAUAAAAUUGCCCGGCUCGUUCUCGGAAAAAAAUAAGAACGUACAAGAUAAGAAAAGUCGUCUUUUUCGUGUUUUGGGCCAUAUCGAAAGGUUGCCCGCGAAGAGAGACUCACCGAUUCGACAUCUUCGAGUGGUCUCAUAUACCGAAGGGCAGCGCAGCAAAUUCAAGAAAAUAAGCACAAAAAUGGAAACGUGAGAACUUAAACAAAAAAGGAAAACGGAAAGUGGCGCAUUUUUGAACAAAAAAGCCCAAGCACUACUAUAUGUGAAAUGUGGCUUAGUCUGUUACCGUACCCAAAAAUGAACCUGUGACCUGCCGACGCUUAGACAACGCGACAUACGCUCGAAGGACCUCCUAAUUUUUACGUCUCUGAUGCGUCGCAUCAUUCUGUAAGGCUCAAAACAGCACCUUUACCAGUUUCUCAUUAGGUCCUAGGCUGAGAAGAGAUGUUAAGCUCAGACAAUGUCACCAAGAUAAUACGCCACGUCAUUGUGACCACCGUUAUAGAAGCCACACAUGAUUGUCAACUUGUAUAAUUGGGACUUUGUUUAUGAAUGUGAUGUGCACGCGGUUUAAUUCAGGGGACUUGUUCAGCCCGAUUAUCAUGUUGCUCGGUACUCUGGAGCCGCUUUGUUGUCAUGGUUGCGCGGAAGCACACUCAUGGGAAUGGCGACAGCUACGCAAGUAAAAUCAUAA